GCUGCUUUCCGGAAUCCUGGCCGCUCCCUCCCCGCCGCCCGCCCAGCCGGGCCUGCGCCCGCCGCCCCCGGGCAGUGCGGGGGGUCCCUCGCGGGCCCCGGCCUCCGCUGUGACACAGGAAAUAGAAUAAUGCUAAUGAAGCAACAGUUUCCCUGAAGUUCAAGUUUUCAGACUCACUGCCAUUAUGGAUGAGCAGCAAGCUUUGAAUUCAAUCAUGCAGGAUUUGGCUGUGCUUCAUAAGGCCAGUCGUCCUGUGUUGCCCCAGCAAGAAACAGGAAAACCAAAGUCAUCUUCACCUAAAAAACAGAAUGAUGUCAGAGUCAAAUUUGAACAUCGAGGUGAAAAAAGGAUCCUGCAAUUACCACGGCCUGUUAGACUUGAAGAUCUUGCAGCUAAAGCUAAAGUUGCCUUUGGACAGACUAUGGAUUUACAUUACAGCAAUAAUGAGCUUGUAAUUCCGUUAACCACACAGGAUGACCUGGACAAAGCUGUUGAACUGCUUGACCGUAGCGUUCAUAUGAAGAGUCUCAAGAUAUUGCUUGUAAUACAUGGAAAUACACAGUCACCCAGUGUAAAUAAUGUCGAACCCUUGCCCUCACUGGAAGAUUUAGACAAUACAGUGUUUGUGACAGACAGAAAAAGGCGAUUGUCUGUAAUAGUUUCUAAUACUCGUGACAGAAGUUCACCUCCCCCAGGAUACAUUCCAGAUGAGCUGCAUCAGGUGGCCCGAAAUGGGUCCUUCACCAGUAUCAACAGUGAGGGUGAAUUCAUUCCAGAAAGCAUGGAUCAGAUGCUGGAUCCACUGUCUUUGAGCAGUCCUGAAAACUCUGGCUCGGGAAGCUGUCCCUCACUUGACAGCCCUUUAGAUGGAGACAACUAUCCCAAAUCUCGGAUGCCAAGAGCACAGAGCUAUCCAGAUAAUCAUCAGGAGUUCUCAGUAGAGUAUGAUAUUCCAAUAUUUGAGAAAUUUGGAAAGGGGGGAACUUAUCCCCGAAGAUACCAUAUUUCAUAUAAUCAGCAAGACUACAAUGAUGGUCGUAAAACUUUUCCAAGAGCCAGAAGGACUCAGGGGAAUAGCUUCCGAUCACCAGUUAGUUUCAGUCCCACUGAUCACUCACUGAGCACCAGUAGCGGAAGCAGCGUCUUUACACCAGAAUAUGAAGAUAAUCGAAUGAGGAGGAGAGGAAGUGAUAUAGACAAUCCUACCUUGUCAGUAAUGGACAUCAGCCCACCCAGUCGCUCACCACGAGCUCCAACUAACUGGAGACUUGGUAAGCUGCUGGGUCAAGGUGCAUUUGGCAGAGUAUAUCUGUGUUAUGAUGCUGAUACCGGAAGAGAACUGGCUGUUAAGCAAGUUCUGUUUGAUCCUGACAGUCCAGAAACCAGCAAGGAAGUAAAUGCACUUGAAUGUGAAAUUCAGUUGCUGAAAAAUCUGCUGCAUGAAAGAAUUGUUCAGUAUUAUGGCUUCUUGAGAGAUCCACCAGAAAGAACACUCUCUAUAUUCAUGGAAUAUAUGCCUGGGGGUUCCAUUAAAGACCAACUGAAAUCAUAUGGAGCACUCACAGAGAAUGUGACUCGUAAAUAUACGCGGCAGAUUUUGGAAGGAGUUCACUAUUUGCACAGUAAUAUGAUUGUCCAUCGGGAUAUUAAAGGAGCAAAUAUUCUGCGAGAUUCAGCAGGCAAUGUGAAGCUCGGUGACUUUGGUGCCAGCAAACGACUGCAGACUAUCUGUCUCUCUGGCACAGGAAUGAAGUCUGUCACAGGAACUCCAUACUGGAUGAGUCCAGAAGUUAUUAGUGGAGAAGGGUACGGCAGAAAAGCAGACAUCUGGAGCGUAGGUUGUACAGUGGUAGAAAUGCUAACGGAGAAGCCACCAUGGGCAGAGUUUGAAGCAAUGGCUGCCAUCUUUAAAAUUGCCACUCAGCCCACCAACCCCCAGCUACCACCUCAUGUCUCCGACCAUGCUCGGGAUUUCCUGAAACGGAUUUUUAUCGAGGCCAAGCUGCGACCAUUUGCAGAUGAACUGCUAAGACACACGUUUGCACACUAUCACUAACAGCCUGCCUCAACUCGGCUUGCAUCUACUGCGUUUAUUUUCUAUUUGACUGCACUUUUAUUUUUUACAAAAAAAAAGGAGAAAAAAAGACAAGAGAGAAUUUUUCUCUUGAAUCUUUGUUUCACUUAGAUUGUAAAUAAUCUAAAUUUUGUAUCCAAGAUGAGAAUCUUCUCUCCCCAGCUCCCACCAGGACUAGAACUUUUUGUUCCUAUGAUGUACUGAUGUGGUUCAUGUAGAUAAAGCACUUUAGUACAUAUUUGUUCCUUAUUUAACGAGGAAAAAAAAGAAGACAAAUGCUUGGACAGUCAGGAACUGUGUGACUUUUUCUGACACCACUGACUGACUCAGGGUGCAGGGAAAAACAGACAUGCAGCUAAAGGACAGAAGGUUACUUCUCUGUGAUUCUUCUUUACAUUGUAGGUACUUUUGUGGCAGAGAGUUCUAAGUUCUUAUAUUUUAGCAGUUUAAUCAGUUUCUGGAUUUUACAAUUUAAGUUGGAACGUGCAGUUCUGAGAGUUAAUGAUAAAGCUAGAACUUGGAACUCUUUGUACACCAGUGUGUCUAAUCGGUACUUCUAUGUGACCAAAAGAAAAUAACAAAAAAGAACUCAACACUGAUGUACUAGUUUGAGGUUUCGGUGUAGAACUAUUGCAUUUUCUUAAUAGGAAAAUAACUACAGGCAAACAGAUUAUAGAACCAGACUCCUCAGAACUACUAUACUGCAAGGGGGAAAUUUCCAUAAUAGACAAGGGUAAGCUGUUGGAUGUAAAUAAUUAGGAGAAUGCCUCCUGCUGUAUCUGCCAAAGAGAACCUCUGUUGCAUAAGCUUGGAGGGCAACGGUUAUCUUAGGUAAGGAAUAACAUUGAUGUUGAGAAUCAGUUCUCCUCCCCAGUCCCAUGAAUAGCUGGAGGGGGAGUGACUAAUCCUUGUGCAGUAUAUGAGUUACUUGAGUCAGAAUGAUCUAUAAGAAAUGUUUUCAAAGCUGUUGAGAGGCACUAGGAUGGAAUGUAUGUCAACAUCAAGUGCCUGAAUAAUACAAAAUUCUCCCCAUUAUGCACUAAAAAACCUGUUCUAGUAACACAGUUCAGUCAUCUGGGAUGUGUUGAAAAUUCCUGAAAUAAUUAAACAUCUUUAAUGCCAGGAAGAAAUCACUGAGAAAGACAACACUCCAUUUACAUUUUUAAUAAGGUUGCAAUGUUGAAUCCACAUAAAUAAGGAGGCAGAGCACAAAAGACUGUAUGAAGAAUAAUCCAAAUGUGCAAAGAGGGCCAGCAGCUAAAUAACAUAUGUGAUUACUCCAGCCUGAUAAUCCAGAUGAUUGGUGUUUGUCGGAUUUCCAGCUGUCAUAAAACAUACGUUAAUCACUUUUUCCAUUGCUGAAAGAGUAUAAUAAAAGAACAAAAGGAAAACUCUGAAAUACUGCUUCUCAGUUGAGAAGUCCAGGUACUGAUCAGGUGUAGAAUGACUGACUUUUCAAAACAGAGAAGUCGAACUCCCAUAGCUUUGUAGAAGAACACAACACAAAUAAUUUAAAGGGUAUUUGGAAAUAAACUGUUGGACUACAGAACUGAAA